AUGAGCCGUUCGGAUGAUCCGGGCCGGCUGGAUGCAGUCAAACUGGCCCCGCCCCACACGAAGCAGUUGCAGGCUGGCGUCCUCCUCACGAUGGACCAGAACAGCGAUUCCGAUGAAGUCGGCUCGUGGACCGUCAAGACAACGCCAAGCCCAGUGAAGCAGGUCAAGCGACGCAGCAGCGUCAGCGCGCGGAGUCUGGCCUCGGGGCUGCACCACGCAGUCGAGGGGACGCUGCAGGGCGUGCGCCUCGGCGUCCCCGCUGGCGCGGCGGCAGGCCGCGCGGCCGACCUUGGCCGCCGCUCCAGGGGCUCCCGUGGCUCCGAGGACUCCCAGGAGGGCAGGCCCACGCGCCGCAUGCCCACCGACGACCCCGCGCGCUGCGAGGCCUGA